AUGAAUUUUGACCAGAAGGCUGUAAAAUUCCUAGCAAAUUUUUACAUCAAUGAAGGCAAACACUGGACCCACGGCCCUCUGAGGCAGAAUUCAAUUCAUAUCACCCAGCCCAACGCUACUGUGCUAUCGUGGAACCAGGAACUGGGGGCAGCAUGGAAUGAGAUGUGGCUCCCAAAGACAAAGAGGGCCCCAGCCGGCCUCAGGUUACAAAUGGGCACCCCCCAGAAGGGCCGGGCUAUUUGCACCGGGACCUUGAGGGAGCUGCUGCUCGAGCGACGUCCCCCGAUCCUGACCGACAUGGAUGUCCCUGGCCCCACCAAGUACGACGUGCCCGACGCGUCUGUGCGAGAGUCCUCCCCGCACCCCCACUACAGCAUCGGCUGCAAGCACCCUGGCCGAGAGGGCGGCGGCCGCAGGGCGUGGCAGACUGAAUGGCUCCAGAGCGAAAGCCCCUUCACGCAGAAAGCCGACUUCAACCGAGAGCAAAGGUGGCCAUCGCCUGCCCAGUAUAGUCCUCUUAGCCGGCCUGCCUUCCCAGCCUUCAGCUUCGGAGGUCACCACGGUCCUGCUUCCAAGACACCUAGUGGUCAGGUCCGCCCAAGGCCGUCCUGGGCUAAGGGUCCUCGUGCCCAUCCCCCCCUCCAGGCUUCCCUGAAGCCCUCAGGCGAGAAGCGCCCCAGCCCCAACACCUACGACAUCUUUCCUGGGUACCUUCUGCAGAGACAGCGCUCACCUGCUUUCUCCAUGAGCCGCUCACCUGCGUUUGCCUCCUGGGUCAUCACCUCUGGAACCCCUGGCCCCGCUGCCUACUACGUGGAGGAGUGCUAUAAUUCACGCUUCCCCUCUGCACCUGGAGUGAUCAUUCAGGGCGUGCGCAGACCCAAGCGCCAUGACACAGGCCCCUUCUGCACGCUCUAGGUCCACCUGCACACCUCUGGCCUGGCCGGUUGUAAAGCGGAAUGCUGGCCU